GUACCCGUCACUCUCUCUCAGAGUGCAGCUCAACUUUUCUCUUCGCUGAAGCUCAACCAUGGCUAUUCGCGAACGAAACCCUAGUGUUCUCUGUCUAAUCCUUGUCUCUCUCAUCGCCGUCGCCUCUGCUAAAGUGUUCUUCGAAGAACGCUUCGAAGUUGGAUGGGAGAACCAGUGGGUAAAAUCUGACUGGAAGAAAGAUGAGAAAAUGGCUGGUGAAUGGAACUUCACUUCUGGAAAAUGGAAUGGAGACCCUAAUGACAAAGGUAUUCAAACUAGUGAAGACUACAGGUUCUAUGCUAUUUCGGCUGAGUUCCCAGAAGUUAACAACAAGGACAAGACUCUUGUUUUCCAAUUUUCUGUCAAGCAUGAGCAGAAGCUUGACUGUGGUGGUGGCUACAUGAAGUUGCUUAGCGGUGAUGUUGACCAGAAGAAAUUUGGUGGUGACACCCCAUACAGCAUUAUGUUUGGACCAGAUAUCUGUGGUUACAGCACCAAGAAAGUACAUGCUAUUCUUACCUACAACGAGACAAACCACUUGAUCAAGAAGGAAGUUCCUUGUGAGACUGACCAACUCACUCACGUUUAUACAUUCAUUCUCCGCCCAGAUGCUACCUACAGCAUCCUUAUCGAUAAUGUUGAGAAACAAACUGGUAGCUUGUACACUGAUUGGGAUCUUCUCCCACCAAAGCAAAUCAAGGAUCCUGAGGCCAAGAAGCCUGAAGAUUGGGAUGAAAAAGAAUACAUCCCUGAUCCUGAAGACAAGAAGCCUGAGGGUUAUGAUGACAUCCCUAAAGAGAUCCCUGACACUGAUGCUAAGAAGCCUGAAGAUUGGGAUGAUGAAGAAGAUGGUGAAUGGACAGCCCCAACAAUUGCCAACCCUGAGUACAAGGGCCCAUGGAAGCCUAAGAAAAUUAAGAACCCCAACUACAAGGGCAAGUGGAAGGCACCGCUCAUUGACAACCCAGACUUCAAGGAUGAUCCUGAUCUCUAUGUUUUCCCCAAGUUGAAGUAUGUUGGUAUUGAAUUGUGGCAGGUGAAAUCAGGGACAUUGUUUGAUAAUGUCUUAGUCGCUGAUGAUCCAGAGUAUGCCAAGACACUAGCCGAAGAAACAUGGGGCAAGCAGAAGGAUGCUGAGAAGGCAGCAUUUGAGGAGGCAGAGAAGAAGAGAGAGGAGGAGGAAUCAAAGGAUGACCCAGUUGAUUCUGAUGUUGAGGAUGAAGAUGACACUGAUGAUGCUGAAGGAAAUGAGACUGACUCCGACACCAAAACCGAUGCAAGCAAAGACAGUGAGGAGAUCAAGGAAGAGACCGAGGAAGAUGUACAUGACGAGCUGUAAGGCAAGAGCACUGCAGUAUUUUGCUGACAAUUCGGUUUGGAGAUAAACGCGCCACACAAAAGUGCUCCAAAAUUAUUUUUUUUUCCAGUUAGCUCUUUUUUUAAAUUUGUAGCUGUAGGAGUUUUCUGUUAGAGGGGAAAACAAAUUGAAAGGCUGCACGCAAACUGAACUGUGGGUGAUUUGUCUUUUUAUAAAUCUGAUUUUAAUUGUGGGCCUUUUACAACAAAGAGGAUGAUGUGUUUUUUCAUUUGAUGAUCAGAUUUGUGAAAUACUUUGAACAAUUCAGGUCA